AAAUAAAAUAGAAUAAAAAAAAGUAGCGUUGAAUUAGUAGGAAAAUGGAAGAGGGGAAAUUUGAAAAAAGGACAAAGCCGCAAGAAAGAGCUAAAUUGUGGGGCGGAAGAUGAUGAAUGGAACAACAUCUGGGCUUGUCUUUCAUACAAAUAAAAUCACAGAUUACGCGCAUCUCUUCCAAUUUGACCAUUUUCAAAUUCUCUUUUUUUCUUCUUCUUCUCCAUUAUAUAUAUACACACACAUACACUCUCUUUUUCUGAUUCUGACUCUGACUCUGACUGCCUCCUCCUCUCCUUUUCAUUCUCUUUUUUUAUCGUUUUCUCGCCGCAGAUCCUUCUCUCUUUGCCCUGUCUCUCUGUUUCUUCUUCUCGAUCUGGACUCUUUAGCGCUUUAGUCGUCUCCUCUCUUUGACUUCUAUCUCUUCUUUUCGCUGGUGGGGACUCCUUCUGCGACUACUGACUGACCUUCUUACCAUGGGUCAGUGUUAUGGAAAGACGGUCCCCACCGUCCGGGAUGCUGACGGACCAAUCACCGAUGUAAUCGGUGAUUCCGAUCAUCCGUUGCAGCAGACGCCAGUCAGCAGCAACAAUUUGCCGUCGGUCAAAAACACACCGGCUCGAUCCUCGGCCAACAGUCCUUGGCCGAGUCCUUACCCUCAUGGGGUAGUUGGUGUGACGCCCUCACCUGCUAGGUCCACGCCUAGAAGGUUCUUCAAACGGCCGUUUCCUCCGCCGUCUCCAGCUAAGCACAUAAAGGCGUCCCUUGCCAAGCGAUUUGGCCAUGCCAAGCCGCCCGCCGAGGGGCCGAUUCCUGAGGAUGAUACACCUGAACCUGAACAGUCCUUGGACAAGAAUUUUGGUUACAACAAGAAUUUCGGGGCCAAGUUUGAGUUGGGGAAAGAGAUCGGCCGUGGGCAUUUUGGUCACACCUGUCAUGCUGUGGGAAAGAAAGGAGAACUUAAGGAUUUGCCUGUUGCUGUCAAAAUCAUCUCCAAAACCAAGAUGACAACUGCGGUCUCCAUCGAAGAUGUGCGACGUGAAGUGAAGAUUUUGAGGGCUCUAUCAGGCCACAAACAUCUCGUGAAGUUUCACGAUGGUUGUGAGGAUGCUAAUAAUGUGUACAUAGCAAUGGAAUUGUGUGAAGGAGGAGAAUUGCUUGACAGAAUAUUGUCAAGAGGUGGUAAAUAUUCAGAGGAUGAUGCCAAACUUAUUAUUGUUCAAAUUCUAAACGUAGUUGCAUUUUGUCAUCUCCAAGGUGUUGUCCACCGUGACCUGAAGCCUGAGAAUUUCCUUUUCACCUCCCGAGAUGAAGAUGCUGAUAUGAAGCUCAUUGAUUUUGGUCUUUCUGACUUUAUAAGACCAGAUGAGAGACUUAACGAUAUUGUGGGAAGUGCAUACUAUGUGGCACCAGAAGUUCUCCACAGAUCUUACAGUUUGGAAGCAGACAUCUGGAGUAUUGGGGUGAUUACCUACAUUUUGUUAUGUGGAAGCAGACCAUUCUGGGCAAGGACUGAAUCUGGGAUUUUUCGCUCAGUAUUGAGAUCUGACCCCAACUUUGAAGACUUGCCUUGGCCAUCUGUGUCUCCCGAGGCCAAGGACUUCGUAAAGAGGCUUUUAAAUAAGGACUAUCGUAAGAGGAUGACUGCUGCUCAAGCUUUGACGCAUCCAUGGUUGCGCAGUGAAAGCCAUCCUAUUCCUUUGGAUAUAUUUGUCUAUAAGUUGGUGAAGUCAUAUCUGCAUGCUACACCUCUCAAACGUGCAGCACUAAAGGCUCUUUCUAAAGCUUUAACGGAAGAUGAACUGGUUUACCUAAGAGCUCAAUUUAUGCUUCUGGAACCUAGUCAAGAUGGUCGUGUCUCGAUUGAGAACUUCAGAUUGGCUCUUUUAGGAAAUGCUACUGAAGCUAUGAGGGAGUCGAGGGUGCAUGAUAUUCUGAAUGCGAUGACAGCAUUGUCCUAUAAGAAGUUGGACUUUGAAGAGUUUUGUGCUGCUGCAAUCAGCACAUAUCAAUUGGAGGCUCUCGAGGAAUGGGAGCAGAUUGCAGCCGUGGCAUUCCAGCAUUUUGAGCAAGAGGGGAAUCGGCAUGUUUCCGUGGAGGAAUUGGCUAGGGAGUUGAAUGUGGGUCCAACUGCUCAUUCCAUUCUCAGAGAUUGGAUAAGAAAUGAUGGAAAACUCAACAUGCUUGGAUAUACAAAAUUUUUGCAUGGUGUCACUCUUCGUAGUACACCUGUGAGACGUCAUUAGCUCCUCAUCAAAAAAAUAUAUAUAUAUGAGACAUCAUUAGAUACUCUCUUUUCAAAUAGCGUUUGGCAAGUGAUAGAAAUUAACUGUUGAUUGAAAAAUAGGUAGUGAUGAUAUGGCAGAGAUGAUUUUUUAUUCUU